AUGGAUGUCUCAGUCAGUUCAGAAACUCUGAAGGGCCUUCAUACCAAAGAAGCCACAUCCUUGCAUAACCUCAGUGAUAAGCUGAGCGCAUGUGGCGUUGGACAAAUUGUCGAUCUUCCCCAAAUCAUCGUCGUGGGCGAACAGUCGGCCGGCAAAUCAUCAGUUCUCGAAGCCAUUUCUCACAUACGGUUCCCCGUCGACAGUGGUGUUUGUACAAGAUUCGCAACGGAACUAAUCUUCCGCCUCGCGACUGAGACUCGCAUCAAUGCAAGCGUCAGGUUUGCGGACAAAGACCAACCAUCACAGACAUUCCAGCGGAAGAAGUUCCACGAGGAUGAUCUCCCUGACAUCAUCAAAGAAGCGAAGGAGCAUAUGGGUUUUUCGCGAGAUGGGAAAGACUUUUCUAGAGACGUUUUGCGCCUUGAGAUCGAAGGCCCAAACAUAUAUCCAUUGAGUCUCGUUGACCUACCUGGCCUAUACCAUACAAGUUCCCAUAACCAGUCACUGGGAGGUAAAGACAGCGUUAACCAGUUGGUUGAGAGCUAUAUGCGACAGAAGAACAGCAUUAUCCUUGUGGUAGUCGCCGCCAACGUCAAUCUUGUCAGCCACUCGGCCCUCCAGAAAGCAAAGGACAUCGACCCCCAGAGGCAGAGGACUAUCGGAGUUAUCACCAAACCAGAUCUCGCACUCGCUUCGCACGCCAAAGAGUACAUCAUGCUGGCAAAGAACCAGGAAAGUGCCCACAAGUUACAGCUUGGGUGGCACGUCCUCCGAAAUAGAGGCGUCAUCGAGGAUAUUGAAACAAAGCUUAGAGCUAGACAGGGGGAGCUUACUCGUCUCGGAACCCCCCGAGACAAUGUUAAAGCUAUGAGAUCUUACCUACUCACUAUUGCAAGUGAGUUUCAGCGUUUGGCCAGGGAUGGAUGCAACGGUCGAUACAACGAUGCCUUCUUCUGCGGCUUGGAUGAUGAAGACAUGAAGUUUAGGGCGCUGCUUCGAAAUUUUAAUCGAGCUUUCGAUCACAUCCUGAGAAUCAAAGGGUCCACCCAAAUUGUCGUUUCUUCAAAAGAUGAAACCGCCGAGGAGGAUAAGGUUCCGGAACAUCUUGCGAGAUUUCUUGAUCGUUACCAUCAAGAGUUCCAAGAUCCCGAAAGGAUCACCGUCGAAGAGUUGAGCGUCAAGCUUGAGAACAAAGCUGCUGCAAAUCAAGGUCGAGAGUUCCCAGGCUCUCCAAAUACGGAUCUCGCGAUGCAGCUCUUCAAGAACCAGGCGGGUCCAUGGAAGGCCAUUACCGAGUUUCAUGUCGAUACUGUCGUCACAGUCGCAAAGGCCUUUGUUGACCAGUUGUUCAAGCAUGUGAUAGGAUCCUCGCAGAACAACCCAACUACAGAGGCAAUCUUGGCUAUCCUUGUGGACCCAUUCUUCGAAAAGAAGGAGAAGUUGCUCCGUGACAAGAUUGAUGAGUUACUCUGGCCAUAUCUUCAAGGCUACUCACUUCCUGUCGAUAUUGAGUUCUAUGGAGCAUUGUCUCAAAAGUCAACAGACCGUGCCGCAAGCCAUAUCUGCAAGACCCUAACAAACAAGUUUCCAGGACUUUUUGCUCCAGGGUCAAAUAACACCCUCACUAUGGAGAAGAUAACCCAAACCAUGGCUGAUGACCAAAAUUCGCGAGCGAGACAGUUCGGCACAGACAAGAUCAUCGAUAUGAUUAUACCUGAAAUCCUCACCCCCACCGAAGUAGACGGCAUGGAUGAUGUCCGAUUAAAAGAGCUUGCAGCAGAACGUAGUGAAACGACAUCUCGAAGAGCUCUCCUGAACGCCGACAUCGAACUUCUUAAAAAGGGCUUAGAUACAUGUCGUAGAUACAAGCCGAGACCUGCCACUGUUCCUCUCUCAUAUAGGCCUGUUGUCACAACCUCACCAUCGCCAAAAACCUCAAACCCAGUGACUACCCCUUCGGUGGCGCCUAAUCCUCCUGUUGCAAAACCAGCCGACCCAAUUCCAACAACUGCGCAGGCAAAACUGGCUCCCGAACGGCCUUCUGAAUCUAGCACCAUCGUGACAAACGGCAGCAUCGCGGGUCAACCUCCCUCUUUAGCCAUCAAGGGUCCUGCGACUGGUAGUGGCAGCAUGCCCAACACUGGAACAACUGCCACGAAUUCAGGGCCAAACAAUAAUGGGACAAGCUCGGUUCAGGGUGUAGUCCCCACUAUAUCCAAUACUCCGAACACAUCGACCGUUUCUAUGCCUUCCAGACCAGGUGGCGGACUUUUCGGAGGCACUAGCGCGAACGUUACCCCACAACAAAAGCCUUUGGCGGGGAACGGAACUGGUAGUUUCGGAGGCUUCGUACAGCAGAAACCUUCCGCUUCUGUUUUUGGUGGUUUUGGUGGCGGCAGUGGAAGCUUGACCUCGAACGCUACAAAGGGUUAG